ACAACAAAUAUAUAAUAAUAUUCGAUACAACUCAGUGUACACCCGAAUCUGCAAAUCUCUACCAAUAUGGGGGUAGUUAAGGCGGCGAUCGGCGACGGGGUGUUGACUUUCAUGUGGGUAUUCUGCGCCUCCACUCUCGGAGCCGGCACUUCCGUCAUCGCCAAGGCGGUCGGCGUUCACGGUACGGCGUCGCUUUUGAUCACAGUGGGCCUCGUGUUUGUUCUCUUGCUUGUGUUCGGUAUUAUUGGUGAUUUACUUGGUGGUGCUAGUUUUAAUCCUACCGGUACUGCCGCCUUCUAUGCCGCCGGUCUUGGCCGUGAUACCCUCAUCUCCGCUGCCGUCCGGUUUCCGGCUCAGGCUCUGGGUGCAGUUGGCGGUGCAUUAGCAAUUAUCGAAUUGAUGCCGUUAGAUCACAAACACUUGCUCGGUGGGCCUUCCCUUAAAGUUGACUUGCAUACGGGUGCUAUUGCUGAAGGGGUGUUGACUUUCGUGAUGUCGUUUUUGGUCCUCUUCAUCAUCCUCAAGGGUCCUAAAAAUCCGUUAAUCAAAAAUCUGAUGCUCUCAAUGUCAAUUGUGACUAUGGUUGUCCUUGGUUCUGGUUAUUCCGGCCCGUCGAUGAAUCCCGCCAAUGCGUUCGGCUGGGCAUAUGUUAAUAAUCGACACAACACAUGGGAGCAUUUUCUUGUUUACUGGAUUUGCCCAUUCAUAGGCGCGAUAUUCGCGGGUUGGGUUUUCCGAGUGUUUUUCCCCAAACCUUCAAAGAAGAAGAAGACGGCUUGAAAACCAAACCGACAAUUCUCUUGUCUUGGUAACCGAUUAUUGUUCAAAGACUUGACUACUAUUUUAAUGUGAAUUGUGAAUGUAUGGUGAUUUCAUCUAUUGGAGCAUACUAAUGCUUUGUAUUAGGAUUUUAACAUUAUAUAUUGUAACUCUUCAAGUCUUUCAUACCUUGUUUUUA